UAAAUUAAUCGUAGGCUCAAGAUAAAUGGUCGGUAUUUUUGCAUGCGAAUCGAAUAACCAAAAUUUCAAACCUUCAAAGUGCCUAGAAAUGAAAGAAUGAGCGCUUUAACAUUAUUUACCUCGAAGUAAUUCAUGUGCAGUUCGAGCAAUAUUCGGAAUUUUUGAUGAACUUUUUGUAAUAAAGCUUCAUUUUGAAGAAUGAAGACAGGAAGUGAUUAAUAAUCACCGUAAAUGGAAGCAAGUGAAAGAAAGAGAAAGCUUAAUUUAUUUUAUAAUAUUGUGAAACAAAGGAUUUUGCGUCACCAGAGUGGAAGCCUUGGUCUAUUUCCUUUACACCCUUUUGGCAAUAAGCCAAAUGAAGGACAUGUUAGAGACAAUGUUUAUUGUGCUCAGGUGUUGUGGGCUUUGGCUUUAGCUUACAGGCAAGUCGAUGAUGACCAAGGAAGGAAUUAUGAACUAGAACAAAGUGCUGUUAAAUGUAUGAGAGGAAUUCUUUUCUGCUACAUGCGGCAGGCAGAAAAGGUAGAGAAGUUCAAGCAUAAUCAGCAGCCUCACAAUUCACUUCAUUCUAUGUUUAACAUCUACACUGGAAGCACGUUACCUUUGAGGAAGGACUGGCCACAUCUUCAGAUUGACGCAGUUGCCUUGUACUUAUUGCUUCUUGCCCAGAUGAUUGCCUCUGGGUUAACAAUUAUCUAUACUCUUGACGAAGUGUCGUUUAUUCAAAAUUUGGUUUACUACAUUGAACGUGCGUAUCGUACGCCAGACUAUGGUAUUUGGGAAAGAGGAUGUCUUGAUAACAAUGGACACAGAGAAUUGCAUUCCAGUUCCAUUGGAAUGGCGAAAGCUGCGUUGGAAUCGUUGAAUGGGUUUAAUCUUUUUGGAAGCCAGGGGACAUCAUCGUCUGUUAUUUACGUCGAUCCGGAUGCUUACAAUAGAAACUGCACAAUUCUUACAACAUUAUUGCCUAGAGAAUCAAGUUCUAAGGAAACAGAUGCUGCAUUACUCUGCAUUGUCGGUUAUCCAACUUUUGCUGUAGAUGACGACAAAUUGAAAGAAACGACGACGAAAACAAUCGUUGAAAAUUUAAUGGGUCGAUAUGGACUCAAGAGAUUUUUUCGUGAUGGCUACAAGACUGAGAUUGAAGACCCUAACAGAGCAACGUACUAUAGUUCUGAACUCAAGUUGUUCGAAGGAAUUGAAUGUGAAUUUCCAUUUUUAUACAUUUACCUGUUACUUAAUGCUUGGUUCAGUAAUGACAAAAAUGCUAUUGAGAAGUAUUCAAGUAUGCUAAAGAAAACGUUACAGUCGGAAGACGAGACAGAUGACAUAUUUGAGGAUGAAGAUGACUUAAAUUACAAUAUUUGUGUCGUACCCAAAUAUUACUAUGUGCCAAGAGAUUCUGUGGAGCAAGAGAGAUUGAAUCCUGGUAGUCAAGAAAAGUUAUCUUCUCCUCUUGAGUCUAUCUGUCUUUGGGAUCAAGCGUUAUAUAUUAUAGUGAAAUUAUUGGAAGAGGAUUUGAUUGACAUAAGUCAUCUUGACCCAUUGGAGCGUCACAAAGGAAAAUCAAAUGCUCGACAGUACGGAUACAUAAACCACCGAUAUUCUUCGUUCAAGGUUAUCGAGUCUGAUUUAGUUGUGCAGGUUGCUUUGAUAGCAGAAAAUCGGAGCUUGCAAGCAACCCUAGCAACAUAUGGUAUUGACACACAAACGCCAAAGCAAGUGGAACCAUUGCAGAUUUGGCCGCCAAGCGAACUUGUUAAGGUUUAUAAAAAACUUGGUGUAAACAACAAAUUAUCACUUAGUGGAAGACCUACUCGACCAUUUGGAUCUUUAGCCACCAGUAAGAUUUAUAGAAUCCUAGGCCGUACUAUAAUAUGUUAUCCAAUAAUUUUGGAUGAAAAGGACUUUUAUAUGUCACUUGAUAUGUCACUUUUGAUUGACGAAUUUCAGCGGAAGCUGUCUUUCAUCCGUAACAAUUGGAAUAUGAGAGGAAGACCAACUGUUUGUCUUCUCAUAAGAGACUAUCACUCUAGUGGAACACAUUUUCAAGAAUUUCUGGAUCUCAUGGCAAAAUUGAAGAGAGGUGAAUGUGAUGGUGUAAGAAUAAGACUUGGUAGACUUCAGACUUUCCUGUCUGGAUCAUGUAUUGAACAUUUGGACUUUCUCAAAGACAUUAGCGAUGUGAGCAAAAAUGAUCAAAGCAAUGUAUUUCAACAAAUCAAAGAAGAGUCUUUGACGGAGCCAGAAGUUCCCGUUCAAAAUAUUGCUGAUUGGACUUCUGUAGAAGAUGAAGUGAAGGAGUAUAAACCGUUGGAUAAAGAUGAAAUUCGUAGCCAUUCUAACGAACAACUUUUGUCGAUGCUAACAAAUGUCGAUGCCAUAGAGAAAGAAGUACUUAUACUUGAUUUACUCAUAAAAAGAGAAGGAAUGAAAUGUGUCGUUGGAGAGGAUUCUUUAGAUGUUCGACUUCAUAAAUUGUACAUUAAAGCUGGACGUGUACAGGACUGGAAUGUCAUACGUCAUUGCAGUGGCUUGCUGAGGAAAAUUGUUGAUAGUUUAGCGCCUGCCAUUUCAACCAUUUUGGUUCACGGAAAAGUGGUUACAUUAGGUAUGUUUGGUCAUGAAGAGAGAGUAGUUUAUGAACCACUUACUCCAGGCGCCAUUGAGAAAAUUUUGUUCGAGUAUUGCAGUCCAUACGAUGUACGUAUGGCUGUCUUACAACAGGAGAUGAUUAUUUAUCUUUCCUCGUUCAUAUCUUCAAAUCCAGAUGUUUUCAAUGGCAUGUUGAAAAUAAGAGUGGGGUGGAUUGUCCAAGAAAUGAAAAAUUUGCUAGAAAGACAUUUUCCCAGUGAGAAUACGGAGUUGGUUUACACGUUUCCACCAAGUCGAGUAAAAGAACUAGUUUGGGUUGUUUUAACAUGUAAAGGACGUAUUAAUGGCAAAGAUUUAGCUCCAAGAAAUAUUUUGGAACAACGUCAACUGAAUGGUGCAAUGCAUCGUGUGCCACCUGGUUUUUAUUCACAGGUUUGGAAGAUUUUAGAACGUUCUGAAAGUGGAUUUUCUCUGUCGAGAUCAUAUUUGCCCAAGUUUCCCACCAUUGAUGAGUUGACGGAGGGUGAAAAAAGUUUCGCUUUGAAGGUGGAGGAAUUCUUGAGCAACGUUUCAAAGCCUGAAUUUAGACAAUUGCUCGUUGAGCUUUUAAUGGUGAUGGCGACAAUACUCAAACGAAAUAAAGAACUGAGGUUUCAUGUUACUAUAAAACUUGACGACUUGGUCACAGGAGCUAUGCAAUUAUACAAUGACGAAACAGGAAAGGACAUGUCGACAUUUUACAGUGCACCUACUUCAGGAAAGUAUGGUACAACAAUAUUUUUUGCACAGGCUAUUGUGAGUCAACUUCUUAAAGAAUCCGUAGAUGUUGACUUGGAUUCGGAAUGCGUGAUCUCAUAGAAAUGUAUAUUAUGCUAGUUGGCAAUUAUUGAUGAUAACACGAGAUUUUAUUUUGCAUUAAGAUUAUUAGACAAUUUUAUGCUAAUUUUGAAUGCGUGAAAUAGUUUUCACUACAGUCUGAGCCCUGUUUCAAACGUCGAACUUUACAGAAGCCGAAUGCAUUAAAGGAAAAGCAAAUUGAGAUGAAAUCCUGACUAUCUUUGGUUUUAAAUGUGUUUGGUUCACGUAAUGUUCGACGUUUAAAACGGGCCUGAGUUACUCGUGACUUGUAGAUGUCUUGUUGUUAUCGUGCAAGGAAUCAAUAAAAAAAUUUUUUGCCAUGUUGGUCGAAAUUUGAA